AUGGCGUUGCAAUGUUCACCAUCCCUGAGGUCGCACAAGCAGUUCCUGGCUGGAGAGAAGCUCUUCAACAGUGCCACCUGCUGGAAACUGGAGAUGGGACUGCUGGUCAACUGCGGGGGUAACCAGCCAGACCGACAUGAAAGGAUGAGUAUGUCCCCGAUGGUCCUGAAAUUGUGGAGCAACACCCUGCUGAAAGGAUUCAAAUGCCUGUACAGCCGGAACCUCCUGCACUGGAACAUCAUCCUGUUGAAAGGACUCAAAUACUUGGGAAGCCUGGACCUCCUGCUAUGGUGUCAAAAGCUGCCACUCCUCUAG